UCUUUUUCCAGUGAUAAAUAUGCACUCGCGUAUGUGUAUGUGCAUGUGUGAGUAUUUGCUUAGAUGUAGGACCUGUUGGUAUGAACAAGUGAAACGAACGACAUGUCUGUGCAUGCGAGAGAUCUUCUUCCACAGUGUACUUCGUUUAGGUUUUUCAUGCUGCAGGUUCGCUCUCAGGUUUUCUCUCUGCUUUGAGAGAAAGCCACGAGAGACCGUUUCUGUCUCUUCUUCCCUUGGAUGUCUGGACACUCCAUCAUGUCUAUCCAAGACGGCCGCUUUGCCGGGACCUUCUCCCCCCGCUGUUCCCUUCCUUCACCCCCAUCUUCUCUUCUUUCUUCUCCAUCUUUUGCCUCUACUUCUUCUCUCCCUUCUUCUUCGCCUUCUUCUCUUUCUUCUUCCCCCUCGCUUUCUUCGCUUCCUCGCUCUCCUGCUCUGGACCUCCGCAGGAGAGAGGAAAGGACCGACUGGGGAGAGGAAAGAGAACCAGAAAGAAGAAAACGAGAACCAGAAAGAAGAGAGCGAGAACCAGAAAGAAGAGAACGAGAAGCAGAAAGAAGCGAACGAGAACUCUCCGGUUUGCUCCACACAAACACUGGCAGCGACAGAAGGGAACGACGCUCUCGUCCUCUCCAGACUGUCUUUGAGGGGGAUCCAGCGCAACUACAUGAGAUGGAGAGAACAGGGAGAGAGCGGGAGGACGAGAGGUCGAUACGUUCCCCGCCUCCUCUGUAUGCAUACAGAGCUGACGCGAGGCCGCCUAACUUCUCUGAAGUCGCUCACGGUCCCGCGCCGUUUCUUCGUCUUCUCCCUCACCCCUGCGCACUUUGUGGUCCUCAACUGCAUGCGCCUAAGGCUGAUUUUUUCGACCCAGAUGCCUUCUGCCUAUUUGGGAAGCGACACAGUCAGAGGCAUGAGGGAGACGACUUGUGUCUCCUUCAGACCUCGCCCUGCUCAGCUUCCAAAAGGCAUCCUCAUCGCCUUCUCUGCGCAUUCGAGCGACGCAAGCGUCUUUACGUUUCCGCGCUCUCGGCGCAGACAGAACGCAGGCGGCUCCUGCCUCUCCUUGCGCUCUCCGAGCCUCUUACUUGGGGAGCCUUGUCGCUGCCGUCUUUCUCCCGGAGAGAAAAGAGAAACUUUUUCUCGUCGUCUCUCCCUAAAGGAACCCCAACACUCGAGGCAGAGGGACCGAGGUGCGAGACUAACGGUUUUCGAGCAGGCGAGAAACAAACGCUUUCUUCAUGGACAAUUCGUGUUCACUCCCAGCGGAAACUCAAAUUCCAGCCUGCCGCUGCCUCUUCCUCUUUUUCUUCCUCUGCUUCCUCUUCUUGUACUCUCUUUUCUUCGUCUGUCUGCCAUUCUUGUUCUCGUUCUUCUGCCUUCGUUCGCCGCUUGCCUGGGCAGUCCGUGCAUGCGCGGCAGCGAGAGACGCAUGCGUUGUUCUCGCUUUUCUCGAACUUCGCUUUGUUUGCUCAUCCCUUUGGGGACAGUCCGGCCGGGGGACUUCUUGCAGGGCUGCUGCGCGAGUCUCCGCGACGCGGCGCGAGCUACGCCCAAGCUCUCUUUGUCGACGAAGUAUCCUCUGAACUUCUCGCCUGCUACACCUCAGCUCCACACCAUCCCCCUGGCUUCGCCACGGCUUCUUGCGCGACGAUCGCCGCGUCUGGAGACCCCCCUCAGAUCGGACGCGAGAAGCAAGACGCGCGCGACAUGGGGAGAGGGCCGCGCAACGCAUGCAGAGAACAUCCGCGAGCAGGCACUCCGGACAACGGGAGCGCCAGAGGCGACGAAACGCAGGACCGGCGAAGGGUGGAGAGAGGCGAGUCGGCGACUUGCCGCUCUGCGUCCUCCCGCGCUUUCCUGGAGAGAUUCCUUGUGGGGACAGGAGCAGGUCACCUCUCACUAGGCGGCCUGCGAAAGGAGACACUGGGGAGACCGCGCCUGCACAGAGAUGGGCGAGAGAAGGUUCUGUCCACUCGCGGGGGGACGACGCAAGGCUCGGGAGACGAAAGUGGACGACGCGAGAAGAACGCGAAGAACGCCUGGCGUCUUGAAACUUCUUCCGUGAGAAACGAAAAGUCCGCGAAAGACACACAGUCCCUUACUCGAGAGAUCGGCGGCGAGAGGCAUGGAAACGCAUGUGAAGGGGGAGUCCCAGAACGGAGUUCAGCAGAACGACUUUCAACAGAAGCGACAGGCUGGAAUGACAAACCGGAGGCACUGGAGAGAAGAGAAUGCACACUCAGCGCAGCCGCAAAGGAACUCACAUACCCUCCUCUCUCUGUCUCUCGAAAUGGACGAGACCGCAUCUUCUACACCACCGUUGUCUCUCCUCCGUCGCAAGAGGAGAGCGCGCGAGGAGAGAGAGUGAAUUCUCGCCGUCGCCGCCUUCGGCAGAACGGACUGCCUCGCUUCGGGCACUCUGCUCGUUGGAGCGUCGCUGCGGCGCGACCCGCGUCGAGAGCAAGGACGGCGAGCGCUCAGGGAGAAACGCGGUCUCUGUCGCCUUCGUUCUCGCCUCCAGCGACAUGCGGAGCUCCGGAAUCGCAGCGAGGUCCCCGAGAACGAAGCACGCAGGCCGAUGCCCCUGGACAGGCCGACGAACUCUUUGCUUCCGCGAGGACCCGCGCGCGCGAGGAGAAGAAGAAAGGCGGCAGGAGAAAAGAGUCGAAAAAGCUCAGAGACAAACACAGUCCACUCGACCCUGGGCUGUUCACGUUCUACAAUGUCGACUUGGUUGGAUUCGGAAAAAGCGCCUGCAUCUACUCGCCGACGGACUACUCGCGCCGGGAGCAAGCAGAGCGCGUUGUCAAAGACGUCAUUUUUGCGAAUAAACUCCCCGCUGUCCACCUCGUUGGCCAUUCUUUCGGGAGUUUAGUCGCUGCGGAAGUCGCGCGGAUUCUUCCGCUGGGCUCUGUGAAAUCCGUUCUUCUCCUCGCGCCUGCGUACUUUGAAUCGACCCGACAAGCCAUGCAAAUUCUCACUGCUACGCACUUCCCUGCUGCCCAUUCGAUCGCGCAUCCGAUUGUGGCUUUUUUUAUCUUGAAAAUCGGUCGUCUUCUGCGUCCGGUUUUGGAGCCCAUUUUCAACGCUGUGGUUCCGAAAGAUGAACUUCCGCAGCUCUCUGUCGCGGACCUUUUCAGCAUCGACCCAGACGCGAUGGUCGGCACCAUUCUCUCCAUCGUAAAGGAGAGGCUAGAGGAAACUCUCCAGACACUCCAAGACAGAAGAAUCCGCAUCACCGUUGUUCACGGGACUGGAGAUGGUGUCAUUCCAAUCAGACAGUCUCAGGUGUUGGCGGAGAGGUACAGCAACAUUCAGCUUCGCCCCGUGAAAGACUUCGUCCAUCAUUUCCCCAGUUCUCACAGUCACUUUACUGCACAUCUUCUUCAUCAGGAAGUCUUACGAUAUCGAGAAGCCUCUUGUGUCCGAACAAGCAUGCGGUCACACAGCGUCGCCACAGCUGUCGGUUGUGCAGCAGAUCCCUCCCUUUCUUUCUCUUCGCGGAACUCGCUGUAUACAGGAAGUGCCUGUACAGAAAGCCUCUAA